AUGAUGCAGUUAACUGAAGUGAUUUCAAAUCUAACAAAAAGAAGAACUACAGGAAGUGAUGACAGUACCACUGCUAAUAAUAAUGAACAAGAAGAUAUGGAUGAAUUUGUGGAUGCAGUAGAUGUGUUUUACGAAGAAAGCGAAAGUGAUAUCUAUGAUGAUAAUGUUCAGUGUAUUGUUGCUGAAAAUGAUGAUAUGAUCGAGAAGGAUGAGAUAUUACAUGAACUUGGAUUGAUGCUCAAUUCUACAUUAGCAAGCGAUUAUGAUGGAGCUAAUGUUGCACGUUUAAAUGCUCAUUUCUUUAAUGAUUGGAAAAUUUUGCUGGAAAGACAGGCAAUUGAACUUGGUUUCCCUGGUCUUGAAGAACUACUCAAAUCAGAAUACAUGAGAGAUUACGUGGAACAAAUAUCGUCAGUUAAUGGUGUUGCUAUUUACGGAGCUGUCUCUAAACCUUCCAAUGAACAUAUUCUUCGGAGAGUUGCUGAUUGCAAAUUAAGCGAGGCUCAGAGGGCUGAAAAACGACGAAUACAGAGAUUGCUGGAGCUGAAAAACCCUGAAAAUUCACGAAAUUUUCUAGAGGGUAAACGUCGAAUUCUGCAAAUUUUGCUGGAUUUGAAGGCAUAUGAAAUGGAAUUUGAUUAUCAAACUAUCCGGGACGAAUAUAUGAAACGUUACAGUACUAGUUUGAAUGCUGCGGAGCACCAACGAUUAUUCAUGAAUAAAUCGGCGUUGAAAAACUUUUUGAGAGUUUUUUAUCGAGAAGUUAUUUUAAUUAAUGACAGUCCCAUUCGAAUAAGACUCAGAAGUCCGGAUAUAAAAAUACCGGAAGAAAUAACAGAAGAUCUUCGUUUGUUAGCAAUUCCGUUUGUUAGCAAUUUGGAUCGAUCAUCUAUAUUGAACAUUGUAGACAAAGGAACAGUAAAAUAUUCAGAAGAUGUUAUCGCCUCUGGUGAAAGUAUUUCGAAGAAACAAACAAUGGAUAAAGAAACGAACAGUGAAGAUAGACAAGUAAACAGUGCGAGGCAUAAUGGGAAUGCUGAUGAGAUUAAUAACGUGAUGCUUCAUCAUAUACCUAAAACGUGUAUGCCAGCUGAUACGAGUAAAAUAAUAAGUAUUCAAAAAAAUGAUCAUGAUAAAACACAUCGAAAAUCAUUGGAAUCAGUCAAUUUGAGUGAGGAUAAAUAUACGGGUGAUGAAGAAUCUCCUGAUAGUAGUGAUUCGGAAGUAAAAAGUUCUAAAAAGUACCAAAGAAAGAAAUCUAGAAGGAACUUAAAUACAUUCAAUAUGCCUUCAAUAUCUUCAAAGCAGUCAGUAAAACGUCUGCCGAUUGGUGAACGUUCCUUGCAUCAAUCACUCAAUUAUUCCCAUCUUCCAGAGCGUAAUCCGUUCUCAUCAUCGUCUAUUAGUUUUAGCAAUAAAAGUUCAGCAGGAUUGAUUCAGAGGCAGUAUUCUUCGCAGUUAGUUGCUAAUAACAAACAAUAUAGUGAAGAAUAUCAUGGAACACAGUCAUCUGGAUAUCAUGAUUUUGUUCAAUUUGAUCGUACCCAAGAGGAGGUGAGUAAACUACCGUAUGGGUCAUACAGUGUUCCUGAUUCUACCAGUAGUCAAUGCAUUUCACGUCAAGUAAAUGACAUUGGCAAUCAUCGCAAUUCGAAUGAGAAUUUUGAAAAGCCAUCUGCAAAUCAUUCGGACCAAAAUAGUUGGACAACAUCUGUGCAACAAAUGCAGCCUCAUACACAGAGUCGAUUUCAGGAAUAUAAUCGGGGUUAUCCUGACGAUUGUACAGUGUUGAGAAGCAUUCCAUCGAACAAGUUUUUUUCUCAUCUUCCUAAUAAAGAAGUUUCACAGUUGUCAAAACAAACACAAACUGAUGAAGACUGGUUGGAAAACUUAUUUGAUGAAUUGGGAUGCUAUAAUUCGAGCAGGAACCCACUACAAAAACUAGUGAAAGUGAUAAAAUUACUGUUGGAUAUACGAUCUCCAAAUCCAGUUUUGCUCUCAGCAUUACCGCAGCUUGUUGGCUCAUUUUACGGUACUCCGCUAAAUCCAGCAGAAGAUCAGAAUUAUCGGAAGACAUGGCGAGAAAUUGUGAGAGAUUAUUGUAGUGCAGAAAUACUUAUUGCACCGUUACCGAAUGGUGAGGAAAUAUUGAUUAAGAAAUAA